AAAAAAAAUGCUACCCAAAAGAUGCGUUAAAAGAAGAUGUUUAUGAAAAGAAACCAUCUUGGGCUGACGAGCAGGACUAUCGCGCACUAGUUGACUAUUGGUUUGAUUCUAAAACGAAGGAAUUAGUGGAUACGAACAAGAGAAGUCGUUCGUUUCAGACGGAUAUAGCGAGGACAGGGCCUAUAAGUUUUGCACAAACUGCUGACAAUAUGGCAAAAGAAAACGGCCAAGCAGUGGAGCGUGCAGAUGUUUUCAUAAAAGCAUACUGCACGAAAGAUGGGACUCCUAUUAGUAAUGAAGUGCGAGACAAGAUUGAUAAAAUGAAAGAAAUUUUAAACAACGGGGGCAAGCUAGUAGGAGACCAUCGCGAUGGAAUUCUCUGGGCAAAAGAUGAUGCGUUCGCUCAAGUGAUGGGCAAAGAACGUUCUGGACGUGUCCGUGGGGUCGGUUUUGGACCAACCCCAUCAGGAAGAAGUGGGUCCAACCUUCCAUGUGUGCCUGGGCCGUCGUCCACUGAAACGGCCCAACGAAUGACUGCAUUGGAAAAUUCGAUGAGGGACCAACUUGCUGACUCAGAGCAAAGGCAUCAGCAGCAACUGGCCGAAGCACUGGCCAAAGCAAAGCGGGAGUCAGAUGCACGGCAUGAGCAGCAACUAGCCGAAGCACUGGCCGAAGCAAAGCGAGAGUCAGAUGCACGGCAUGAGCAGAAACUGGCCGAAGCAAUGCGCGAAUCAGAAACACGGCAUCAACAGCAGCUGGACGAAACAAAGCGGGAAAUGGCCGAUACAAAGCGGAGAAUGGAUGAAAUAGUAGCCUUCUUACAAAAGAACAUGCCAACCAAUUUAAGUGUAAGCGGUUAUUCAGGAUAGCGCAACAUCAUAGUAUAAUAUCUUCGUGGACUCUUCAUGGACUCUUCAUGUAUAAUUGUUUGGAUAUUCGGAAUAUUGUAACUUUGUGGAUAUUGAAAAUAUUGUAAACAUAAUUGUAAUAUUGUUUGGACUCUUCGUGGACUCUUCAUGUAUAGUUGUUUGGAUAUUUCUUUAGAGAAAA